AUGUCAGGCGACAUUAGUUUCCAUAUUCAAGAGGAAAUCUUGAGAAAGCUUCCUGUAAAAUCAUUGAUUCGGUUUAGAUCUGUGUGCAAAGCAUGGAAGCGUUUAAUCGAAAGCUCUUAUUUUAUCGCUGCUCACAGUGUUGGACAAGAUGAGCGGCAGAAUCUUUUAGUAAGGCAUCUUGUAGAAGGGAAGGCAAAAUAUGUUUGUAUUGUCGACGAUGACACUUUCCCCCAACAGAGGUUUGUUCCAACUCUUCCCCUCUCCUUUCAACGGCUUCAAAGGUCAAUCGUGGUCGGUAGCUGUAAUGGGUUGUUGUGCUUGGAUGGGUAUUACUAUGAGAAAUCACAUUCCCUUCUUGGAAAGCCGAUGAUUAUGCUUUGGAAUCCUUCAAUCAGAAAAUCGAUCGCUAUUGCUGUGCCUGAGCCUGGUAUGUCUAAUAAGAUGGAUGAAACAGUUUUUGGUUUUGGUGUUUGUCCUGUUACUCAUGAUCCUAAGAUCAUCAUGAUUCGACAACUUGCUCCCUUACAUGAAAAACCCAACAAAAUUAACGACCCUCGCGAAGUUAUGCUUUACACAUUGAGUUCUGGGAAUUGGACAAGUCUAUCUACUGCUUCUAGCAAUGUUCCGAGUAAAUCAGUCCGAGUCCAAUGGUAUGGGCAAGUUAUUGAUAGGUUUAUAUAUUGGUCUGGUUUGCAUCUUAAGGCUUUAAACAGUAGGCUGAUUAGAUGGACUUGUAAUCUGAUUCUUUCAUUUGAUAUGAUUAAUCAUACUUUUCAAGUGAUAGAUCUCCCAGACAGUUUGGCGAAACACCCUCCCUCUAAGAUCUCCAUUUCUAAGCUAAGGGAAUCGGUUGUCAUAUUUGAAAGCAAUGAAAAGGAAAAACAUUGUCAUGAUGUUGUAUGGGUGAUGGAGAAUAAUGGUGUUGAAAAAUCGUUUACAAAGGUAUUCACCAUUAUUGCACCAGAAUAUGGGUCGUCUAUUAGGGCAAUGGGACUCAGGAACAAUGGAACGCUUAUAAUGCAAGUGAAAAAAGAUUAUCGUUGUGAAGAAAGUGAAAUUGUUGUAUAUGAGCCCAAAACACAACACUUGAAUGCUCUUAAGAUUGAUGGAAUAAGGAGUUUCUCCGGUGUGAAUUCGUACAAGGAAACACUACUUUUGCUUGGUAGUGAAUAA